GUUAAAAUAAAUAAUGUAAAAGACUUGGUUAGAAAAACCCUAAAGACCAUUGGAUAUCAAUUUUGACAUCAAAACCAUAAGGAAUCAAGUAAAAGAUAAAUUCGUACCUCCUUUGUAAUACAAUACUGGGUCUGCAUCCAAGUAAUUUAAUUCGUUUAGGUAAAACGAUAAUUUAAGGCAGAAAGGAAAGUUUACCAACAAUUCCUUCAUUUGACAAUCUAUAAGCUAGAAUAAGAGAUUUUUCAUAUACAAGACUUUAAUACACUUCUUCUCUUCUUUGUAAUACUCCAUCAACAAAAAAAUAACAAGAAUAGUCCCCUUAAAGAACGAAAACAAUUAGGUAUUAUGUGAUUGAGUAAUAUAGUUCUAUGAGUUAUAGAAACAAUGUUCAAAAUUAAAAAUAACAGUCAACAAUUUAUCAACCAAUAGAAUUAAAUUACAGAACCUAAUAAAAACGAUCUUUGGUCGAGAAUGUAUAAUUAAACGAAAUCGUAUCUUUGAGAAAUAAGAUUGAAUCAUCAGGUUCUUGUAGAAGUUCUCUUGGAACUAAGUAUAUAAAAGUUUAAUAAUAAAUUAUUAGUUAUGUUAGUGAGCUUGUAAAAUUAGCCUAAGCAAUUACUAAUGCUUUAAAAUGA